AUGGACGCGCUCCAGGACAAGAAAGUCGACUUUUUCUCCAUGGACAAUAUGAAGAGCAACGAAAAAGCAGUCGAGUACGUGCACACGUCCAUGUGCGUCAUUGCUGGUUGCAUUGCAGGCAUCACGGGCAUGACCGGGCUGCAGGGGUUUCUCUUCCUCGCCAUCGCUUACGUGUUCACCGCCAUUGCGCUCUGGCUCUUUAAGCUCAACAUGGACGUCCACGUCUACUUCACCACGAGCACCUUUGCCUUCAUCUUUGCAGGUGUCAUGUCUCAGUCCCUGUCAUUCAUCCUCUUCUGGACGCUCUCGUACGGACUCGUGCAUAUUUAUUGA